AUGGACGCUGUCGAGACGGAGAGUGAUAGCUCUGAUCCCAUGGAGUUACUACAUGUGAAACGAGCGGGACAAUGCACGAGUUUUACACGUUAUCGAUUACAAGAGACAUUGAUGCUUAUGGGAUGUAGACCUAAAGAUGCAGUUAUUGUUACACAGGAGGUUUUUGAAGUAUUUAUGCAGCAUCAAGUGAAAAAAAGCAACGGUCAUGUACGGAAUACGAAUGAUCGUAGUAAGAAUGAUAAUAACAAGGAAGAACAAGAGGAGCAAGAGCGAUUGGCAAUGGAAUGGCAUUUAUUACAUCAAUGUAUCUAUACGUCGUUGGCAAGAUUAGAUUAUGUCAAGCCACAUCAUUUAUUGGACUUUGAAGUUGCCAAGGAGAUUACACAAAGAAAUCAGAGCUUUGCAGUAUUGCUAGGAGGUACUUCAGGCACAGGAAAAUCCACGUUGGCGUCAUUACUGGCAGCAAGAUUAAGAUUAACGACGGUGCUACCGACCGAUUCAGUACGGCAUGUAUUGCGUUCGUUUACGUCAAAGGAAGAGAACCCGUGUGCAUUUGUGUCGACGUAUCAAGCUGGAGAUGCCUUGUCACCGGAAAUGAUAGCAGCUAUUCAGGGUGAUCGUGAAGAUAUGUCAAGCGCGAGGUUACACAAAAAGAUGGUGCUAAAGGGUUACAAAAUGCAGUCGGGUCUAGUGCUAGAAAAACUGGAUCGAGUACUUACGAUGUUUGAAGAGCGAAAACAGUCAUUGGUUGUGGAAGGAGUGCAUUUGAAUACGAACGAUCUGUUGAUGCUUGUCAAAAAGCAUCCAACUUGUGUACCGUUCGUGAUUUACAUUAGCAACGAGAACAAACACCGCGACCGUUUUGCUGUACGCGCGCGUCAUAUGACGAUUGACCCACAGGAAAAUAAGUACAUCAAACACUUUGACAACAUUCGAAUCAUACAGCGCCACCUUUGCAAGCACGCAGAUCGGUGUCUUAUUCCCAAGAUUGACAAUACCAAUGUUGACCGCAGUAUUGCUACGAUUCAGAGCACUUUGAUACGCGUACUGAGGAAACUGGAUCGUGGCGAAAAGCUCGAGGAUGACAAAAUCGGAAAGUUUGUCAUGCUUUCGCGUGAACACGAGAAUUCUAUCAAGAAAGCGUGGUCAAGCAAGGGUGUGCGCAAGGCGAUGCGCCCGCUUCUCAAGCAAAAAGUUUCAAAACGGUUGUUACUUCGUCGGCUGCUUGCCGAACAGACUAUGGAUACGUUUGGAGCUCCUGGUCCCGACCAGGGUGAGGAUUCAUCAAGCAGUGAAGAGGAGGAAGAGGAAGACGCGGGGCGUGAAGCUGAUGAUGAAAGAAAUGGUGAUGAAGACGAUGAAGAUGAACAGACGACAGUUGUGGGCAGUUUGCUCAGCGGUACGCACACGCGAGAUCAUUUUUCUACUGCAGAUUCCGCUUCGACCCUGCCCCUCCGAGGGCAACCGACUCCAACACGUUUGGCCGCUCAGAAACGAAUGUUUUUGGAUGAGAUUGAGGAGCAUGCGGCUGGCACGAGCGAUAAUGCCAGGUCGAUGCGGUCACUAUCACAAGCUGUUCGUCAAGCUGCCGUUUGGCGCGCAAGUCAGCCGCUGACAAAAUACACUGAUUGGGAGUCUCACAUCCCAUUGCCCAGCCCAGAAGUCACUUUUUCGGAUGUUAUGGGAAACAUGCCAGGUUUUGCAGCAGCAGUGGAAAAAGGAAAGCGAUUCACAUGGACCUGUGAAGAAAGGCGAAAUUCAUGGAUGGCUGGAGACCGACGUGCUGACGCGUCCAAGAGCCUAGCGGUCCAAAUGAGCACGAGCCGAACCCCACCUCCAAAUGCAUCACGGCAGUUUAAGGCAUUCAUCGAAAGCCAGCGCAUGGAAGGAGAAGCCCAAUUGCAAACGAAGCGCACGCAUCAACAGCUCCAGCGUCAGCAGGUGCUACCGGUGAGUCAUCAACUACCACCAAUUGGAAGACGAACGAAGUCGAUUGCUCGAAGGGUGCAAUCUCUACCUCCGGAUCAAAUGCAGGAUAGCUCCAGCAGCUUGGACUUUGAUUUCGAUAGUGUAUCGAUGGUAGAUGUCAACGAAGAUGUCGACCACGUGUCACAGACGUCGUCCUCGCGUGAUGAAUGCGUCUCACCAUUGGAGCACAGUUAUGACGAUACCGACAGCCACUUUGAGGUGAGCUCACAGAGCUCUGUGGAAUGA